GCAGGAGCCGAAGUGAAGUGCCGUGCCGCCGCCGGGACAAUGGUACGGGAGGCGGGCGCAGCCGUAGGAGGACCGGUUGGAUUUUUUUUUUGCGCCCCCCCCACCUGGUGACGGGCCCCUCGGACUGACAGGGCCCAGUCGCAACUGCGACUGUUGCGACCAUGAAAAUUCCGCCACUGCUGAAACCUACAAUUACAAAGCCAUUGAAGAAAGUCAGCUUCUGCCUAAAUUCCUACAGUGAUAUUAAACAUAUUUAUUAUCUCUUCUCUCUCUCUACUACAGAAAGGAGUAAUGCUUUUUAUAUCAGCUCAGUCACUCCAAAUCUUUAUUUCAUAGCUGUAAAUGGAAAUGGUGCAUCAUAUAAGACAGACUCGGAUUCCUUGAACUGGAGACACAUCUGUGUGACCUGGGACUCCGACACUGGAGUCUUCCAAUUUUGGUUCAAUGGAAAGAUCUACCCCAGAAAAGUCUUUGCAAAAGGCUCUUCUUUCAAUCGUGUAACCAACAUUGUUAUGGGACGGCUUUAUGGUGCUCCGGAGGCACAAAAGUCAUUUGUUGGAGAAAUAAGUGACGUCCACAUGUGGGAUUUUGUCCUGACUCCAAGUGACAUCCAGAAAGUCAUCUCUGGUGACCGCUAUGGAAAUGUCAUUAGUUGGAAGUCUCUAGUCUAUGAAAAGAAAGGGGAAGUUCUUCUUCAGCCCAAACUUCAAUGCAAGUGCUGGGGGUCCGUCAGCUCAGUGUGUACACCGUGUUAUUAAAGUGUGAAUAAAAAGCCAAAACUUUUUAGGGGUUUGAAUAGAGUAGGGAAGGGUUAAAAUGAACAUCAGGUUUUUGUUGCUGCCUGUGUCCUCCUGGGGAGAUUUAUCUUCGCUUCCUGCCUUGGAAAAACAAUAAGAAAGGACAAGAAAUCUCCACAACAUCACCAGAACAUUGGAAGAUUUCCUCUCACCUUUUGCUCUCUAAACUUCUAAAACAACGUCCACCAGGACCAACACAAAGAGUGAAUCUCCCCUAGCACAGACACAGCCAUAAACACUUGGUAGAGGGUCUAACCCUUCCACUCUCCAUCCAAUCUUAAAAUAAAUGUUUUGUCUUCAAUGCUUGAAGUGGUGUCAGGUUCUGGAAAUUGGCAUGGGUUUUGUGUGUAUCGAUUUCUGCAUUAAAACUAUGAGCAUGCAAA